GGUGGGAGGCGCUAGAAACCACUUAGCUACCGCCAACCGCCCAAUGCAGCACUCGCUCCCUCCGCCAGCGGAAGCGCCCGCGGAGCACAAUGCAGCACUGAGGCAGCGCCGCGGUGGAGGCUGCAGCGCCGCGGCCGCCGCAGCACCAGCCCGCGCUGGGAGGGGGCGGCCGAGGCGAGGCGGGAGCCGCGAGGCCAGGGAGCCGAACCCCGCAGAUCGGGCAUGAGGAGCUGAGCAUCUCCAUCGAGGCGGGCUGACGGCAGCAGCACCAUGCCGCGGGGAGCUGCUGCGUUCGUGCCCUUCUUACUGCUCUGCGCCCUGGGGACCUGCCCCCUGGCGCGCUGCGGCCGGGCAGGCGACUCGUCGGUGACGGAGCUGGAGCGGAGGAACGAAAACCGCUUCCUGCAGCGCCAGAGCAUCGUGCCCCUCCGGCUCAUCUACCGCUCCGGGGGCGAACGCGAAACCCGCCACGACGCGCUCGACACUCGGGUGCGGGGCGACCCCGGCGGCGGGCAGUUGACUCAUGUUGCCCAGGCAAGCUUCCAGGUUGAUGCCUUCGGAACAUCAUUUAUUCUGGAUGUCACGCUAAAUCAUGACUUGCUGUCCUCUGAAUACAUAGAGAGACACAUUGAACAUGGAGGGAAAACUGUGGAGGUGAAAGGAGGAGAACAUUGCUACUACCAGGGCCAUAUCCGAGAAAAUCCUGCCUCAUUUGUGGCAUUGUCAACUUGCCAUGGACUUCAUGGGAUGUUCUAUGAUGGAAACCACACCUAUCUCAUUGAGCCAGAAGAAAAUGACACUUCCCAAGAGGAGUUCCAUUUUCAUUCAAUUUAUAAAUCCAGACUGUUUGAAUUUCCCUUAGAUGAUCUUCCAUCUGAAUUUCAACAAGUCAACAUCACGUCACCAAAAUUUAUUUUAAAGCCAAGGUCCCAAAGGAGUAAACGGCAGCUUCAUCGACAUCCACGUAAUGUAGAGGAGGAAACCAAAUAUAUUGAACUGAUGAUUGUGAAUGAUCACCUCAUGUUUAAAAAACAUCGACUUUCGGUUGUGCAUACCAACACAUAUGCAAAAUCUGUGGUGAACAUGGCAGACUUAAUUUAUAAAGAUCAACUUAAGACAAGAAUAGUAUUGGUCGCUAUGGAAACCUGGGCUGCUGACAACAAAUUUGCAAUAUCUGAAAAUCCAUUGAUCACUCUACGUGAGUUUAUGAAAUACAGGAGAGACUUUAUCAAAGAGAAAAGUGAUGCAGUUCACCUUUUUUCGGGAAGUCAAUUUGAGAGUAGCCGGAGCGGGGCAGCUUAUAUUGGUGGGAUUUGCUCGUUGCUGAAAGGAGGAGGCGUGAAUGAAUUUGGAAAAACUGACUUAAUGGCAGUUACACUUGCACAAUCACUAGCCCAUAAUAUUGGCAUUAUAUCAGACAAAAGGAAGUUAGCAAGUGGUGAGUGUAAAUGUGAUGACACGUGGUCCGGAUGCAUAAUGGGAGACACAGGCUAUUAUCUUCCCAAAAAGUUCACCCAGUGUAAUAUUGAAGAAUAUCAUGACUUCCUGAAUAGUGGAGGUGGUGCUUGCCUUUUCAACAAACCUUCUAAGCUUCUUGAUCCUCCUGAAUGUGGCAAUGGCUUCAUUGAGACUGGAGAGGAGUGUGACUGUGGGACUCCAGCAGAAUGCGUCCUGGAAGGAGCAGAGUGUUGUAAGAAAUGUACCUUGACUCAGGACUCUCAAUGCAGUGAUGGUCUUUGUUGUAAAAAGUGCAAGUUUCAGCCUAUGGGAACUGUGUGCCGAGAAGCUGUCAAUGAUUGUGAUAUUCAUGAAACAUGCUCAGGAAAUUCAAGCCAGUGUGCCCCAAAUAUUCAUAAAAUGGAUGGAUAUUCAUGUGAUGGUGUUCAGGGAAUUUGCUUUGGUGGAAGAUGCAAAACCAGGGAUAGACAAUGCAAAUACAUCUGGGGGGAAAAGGUGGUUGCUUCAGACAGAUACUGCUAUGAGAAAUUAAAUAUUGAAGGCACCGAGAAGGGGAACUGUGGGAAAAACAAAGAUACAUGGAUACAGUGCAACAAACGGGAUGUGCUUUGUGGCUACCUUUUAUGUACCAAUGUUGGUAACAUCCCAAGGCUUGGAGAACUUGAUGGUGAAAUCACAUCGACAUUGGUCGUACAACAGGGACGAACAUUAAACUGCAGUGGUGGGCACGUUAAGCUUGAAGAAGAUGUAGAUCUUGGCUAUGUGGAAGAUGGCACACCUUGUGGCCCCCAAAUGAUGUGCUUAGAGCACAGAUGUCUUCCUGUAGCUGCCUUCAACUUUAGUACUUGCUUAAGCAAUAAAGAAGGUUCUGUUUGUUCAGGAAAUGGAGUCUGCAGCAAUGAGCUGAAAUGUGUGUGUCACAGAAACUGGAUCGGUGCAGACUGCAGUACUUACUUCCCUCUCGAUGAUACAAAGAAUGAUUUAAUUCUAUCUGGCAAUGGUGUUGCUGGUACCAAUAUCAUAAUAGGCAUAAUUGCUGGCACUAUUUUGGUGCUGGCCCUCAUAUUAGGAAUAACUGCUUGGGGUUAUAAAAACUAUCGAGAACAGAGACAGUUACCCCAGGGAGAUUAUGUAAAAAAGCCUGGAGAUGGUGACUCUUUUUAUAGCGACAUUCCUCCUGGAGUCAGCACAAACUCAGCAUCUAGUUCUAAGAAGAGGUCUGCUUUUCUGUCGCAUUUUCAGAUUUCUACCUGUUCCAUCACACAUUAUUCCAUUAGUCAGAACAUUUCAUUAUUUUGCAGCAGGUCAAACGGACUCUCACAUUCUUGGAGUGAAAGGAUUCCAGACACAAAACAUAUUUCAGACAUCUGUGAAAAUGGGCGACCUCGAAGUAACUCUUGGCAAGGUAACCUGGGAGGCAACAAAAAGAAAAUCAGAGGGAAACGAUUUAGACCUCGGUCUAAUUCAACUGAGAGGGAGCCCCAAGCACCUGAGCCUGGGCACUCCCUCGCCCAGACAGUCCCAUCCCAAGGCAUAAGCCCAGGGGGCUCUGACAGCCCCCAGACAGGGAGUCUGGAUCACAGGUAUUUAAACCCAUGGUUCAAAAGAGACUAUAAUGUAGCUAAGUGGGUAGAAGAUGUGAAUAAAAACACUGAAGGACCAUACUUUAGCUCCCAAGAUGGCCAACGUCAGGAAGACAGGACUUUAUCUCCUGCCAAGUCUCCUUCUUCAUCAACUGGGUCUAUUGCGUCCAGCAGAAAAUACCCCUACCCGAUGCCUCCACUUCCCGAUGAGGAGAAGAAAGUGAAUCGACAAAGUGCAAGGCUAUGGGAGACAUCCAUUUAAGAUCAACUGUUUACAUGUGAUACAUCGAAACUGUUUACUUCAACUUUUAUAGAAACCCAGCCUCACGAAAUCACUGCACAUUGAUCAGCUCUUCAGACAACAUCAAGCCCCUUCAAGACGCAACAGAGGAGAGGAAGCGGAACCUCACAUCUGGAUACCAUUUUCUUUUUUCUCAUUGGCCUAGGAAUCAAUUGAACCAUUCAUAGAACUAGCAAAAUGUUACACGAUACAAUGGAACAAUAAAGGUACUGGUAUGUUAAGAGGAUAAUCCGCAUGACAGAUAUAUGUAGAAAUAUCACUAAAAUUAACUCAAGACCCAAAUGUAGCAAGUUACCUAAGGGACAGUAGUAGAUUCAGAACUUGCCCUUCUGAAGCACAUCCUCAUUGUAGACAGUAAUGCUAUGUGCAUGAAGCUUCUGUUUAUUGUUUUCCACAUUUAGGGAAGCAACAUCCCAUCAUAGAAACUAGCAUGCAGGGCUAAGGCAUAUAGGAUUUUUCUGCAGGAACUUAAAGCUUCGAGAGGCCAAUAUUCCAUAUGCUAACUUUAACCAUAAUAUUUUUUAUUUAUGUUUUUUUAAAUUUUUCAUAUUUAUAUCAGCAUACAAGGACAAUAAUUGUACAUAUGUAAAAAUUUUUAAAAUUAAAAAAAAGCAGCUCUUACACACAAGUGUAUUUUGCCAAAUGCCUAAAAACAAUCAGAAACAGUCAUAUCAUUGUCAUCCAUCCAAUGGUCUUUAAUGGUUGUAAGCAGAUGGUGUAAAUAUAGUGGUUUAUGCUGUAAAUGUGUCUUUUUCAUAAUUGUCAUUCAUCAAAAACAUGUGAUAUCCCUUUAAACUGUGCCCAAUCUGGAGGCAGUUUUAGUAAAUAAUUAACUAAGAGAACGAAAUGCCCAGCAAAACCUGGGGGCUCCACAGGAACCCAGUCAUACAGCCAUUGUCCUGCCUCAAGGCACCCUGCUAUUGGUGGGCCUCUCCAGGGGACCCCUCAGCCUGUCCACUUUAGGAGCACUGAGACUGCUUCAGCAGCUGUUAUCUUUCAGUGCAUCUAGUCUCCCUGUGGAAGCCAGGAGCCCCGGAGCAGUAUGCAUGCUGCUGAGAGGAAGCAAGUGCAUUAAAGAUGCAGGAGCCCAUGGACUUCUGAUGCCCUGAAGCUUCCAAUUGGCCCAUACUCAAACCCUUUGUGACCUGAAGUCUUUUGUUCAUUAACAAAAUUAUUUUAUACCACCCUUAUCUAUGAAGUAAAAGACUUUGUUUAAUUAAAAAGAACUUUUACACUGCUUAUUAAGAGUACUUAUUAAGGGUACUUAUUAAGGGUACUUAUUAAGAAUGUGAGUCUCAGGUUAUUUUGCACUGAUUUUGAAACAGAGUGAUGGAAGUUUCUACUUGCUGAGCUAAACAGCCUCAACAGGCCACGGGGAAUUCAGUGAAACCUAAAACUGAAGGCUUGCAGCAUCUUUGACUUUACCCAAACAGUAGACAAGGGAAAGGAUCUGAUGUUUUGAACUCUGUAUGUAUUUAAUCCAAAAAAAAAGUAUGCCCAAGUCCCUUCUUAAAAACCGAAGUGUGAUAGUUAUUGUAAUGUAGUCCUUUCAUUCUAAAAGAGAACUUCUCCAGGAAGGGUGCCCUAGAGAACUCAUAAACAGAUGAAAUCAAUCGAAUGCAUUGAUGUAAAGAUUACUAUAGAGUUUCCUCACUUUCAUGUCCUUUUUCUUGAGAGGAAUGAGAUCUGCAUACAAGAUUUGAAAAAUAUCCUCCAAAUUUGAUUUCUUCCAGUUUUUAUCCAUGGACAAAAUCCAUUCCAUCUCCACAAUCAUCAUCCCAGAUGCCCAAACAGAAGUUCUAGAAGGCAGGAUUUUAUGUCUGUUUAUGUCUUCUGUAAUGGACUGUAAUGGACCUCUCCUAAAAGUCUUUAAAGAUAUUUGAACAAAAAUUUAAUUAUCCCAAACUGGAAAGUAUAAACAGAAUGUUUUAUGACAGGAAGGGAUGUAAUUGUAGAUACUUCAAUGAAAUGAUCCAUCAGGCUAAGGUUCAGAUGAGUGUUAGGUGACCAUGUCACACAGCACAAGUCAAGGACUUCAUGGCAGACAGAUACAAAGAUGUAGCAAAUAAAGUGACUUUUGACCAAAAUCACUUUAGUGUGCACUGAGUGUUUUCUGGCAUUGAAUAUAUAAAAUCCUAAUGUUAUAUGGUUUAUUUUGACUAUGAAAGAGUUUAUAGAUUUGAAUGUAAGGUACCUCGUGUAAAUAUGCUUUCUAGUAAUGGUUAUAUAAGCCCUAAUUCAAAAGAAUCUACAAAUGGUUAGCAUAGCCAACAAGUCUUUUCUUCUCCUUUCCCAUCUCCCUCUCCCCUUUCAUGUAUUAUCUUUGCAUUAAAUCUAUUAUUUCAAGAGAAAAUAAUUACCAUGUGCCUUUUGGGAAACAUGAUUGCUUUAGAGGUAUGUGGUUCAUAGUUACCCUCCUUGGUAAUUACCUUCAAAUAGAACUGAAUGAAAAUUUUUGCUUUAUUUGGUGAAAGUUUAUGAUGUUGCAAUCACUUUAAUUCUGGGUACCUACUCUGUGGAUACUGAGAACCAUUUGCAGGAUUCUUUGAAAGUUCCUAUCUCACUUUGAAGAGUAUGUAUAUUUGUAUUCAUAGUUGUAUGCUAGAUAUAUUAAGUUCAUAUAUGAUGGCUUUAUGUCCAGGGAGGCAGGGAGAAUAGCACUAAGGACAAGCACAGUAUUACUUUUUUUUAGUAUCUAUUUCAGAGAUGAACUUUGAUGCCUCAUAAUUUGCAUCAUGCAGCUAACAUUUAUGUUCCACAGUCAAGUAUCAGACUAUUAACUCUAAGCAGAGGAGAGCAGUUAUUUUGCCUGUACAUUCCAUUGUAUGCCUUUUUAUUCUUUAUCUGCAUACACAAGACUCAGACAUGUUCCAUAGGCAUUAUUGUGUGAUAAAGUUGAAUCUGAAGAAAUAUUUACAUGUCUCCAGUAAAAAUGUCACCAAGGAAAGCAGUUAUUGGAUAACACAGAGAAGCUGACUAGCCAACUACCUGAUCGCUGAAUCCUGCCACUUUUUCUUUAGACAGGAAGUGGUAUCCUCCUCUGAAGUCUCCUGCGUAGAAAAUGACCUCCAAAUUCCAUGCAAUUUUGGAAAAGGAAUAAACUUUUCAAAUAGCACAGCAAAAUGAGGGCUUACAGUUUCUUGUAGUUGCUGUAUUUCUUAAAGAUACCAGUGCUGCUCCUUUAAAAAAUGAUAAAUAUUGGGCCGAGAGAUAGCUCAAGUAGUAGAGUGAAUGUCUAGCAUGUGACAGACCUUUUGAGUUUGAGCCUUGGCACCACUAGGUCCCCCAAGAACCACCUGGUAUGACCUCUAUAAAAAAAAGAAUAGAGGGACUGUGAAUGUGACACUGUUGACUAUUAAAGGCAGGGUUAAAAAUAGUCUCCAAUUUGUUGUAGAUGCUUUAGUAAUGCUGUAUUUUCUUUAUUUCUGUUUUUUCCCCUCUUGCUCAAAAGAGACUUUUGAAAUCAUAUUUAAAUAUUAGGUCAAUCUGAUAUAAAUUUCUGAGCAUCAAGAGUGAUGGGUUUUGAAAAGUGGUUGUUGAAUAGAGAAAUUAAGUAAUUAGUUCAUUUCCAGAGAAGAAAUAUUUAUUUAAUGCUAUAAAAGGCUUAUAAGAUUCUUUUGAACUAUUUGAUUCUCCAUUGUCCCAGAUCUUUGUGGCCAGUUUUCAUUAACUCUGGCCACUUUUAUAAUUACUUAGAUCAGAAGGAAGAGCAUUAUUUCUUUUCAUUUCUUUGUUUCAGAAUCAAGUUUAUUCAUUUAUGUAUUGUAUCCAUUAUUUUCUCUUUUCCUGUAGCUUUUUUUCUGAUGUGUUGAGUGCUUUCAAUAGUUCCUGUGCUUUCAAUAAUUCCUUUCAGUAGUUCAAAGCGUUCAACAUAACUCCUCUUGCCUAACGUAAAUACAAUUUCUUUUUCUUUUAGUCUCAUGCUACUGACAGGAAAGGGAGUUUCUUGCAAGGCUGUAGAGAGGUGCAGAGUAUGUGAAAGAACACUUAAUGAAGGGAGUGAGGAGGGAUCCAGACAGCUGUGGCUUCAUGGUCACUAUGCUGUAAAGCCAGUUGGUGUGUUCACAGGAAAUUUCCACCAAAUUCUCUAAUUCCCAUCUGAAGCAUUUUUAAAGCUCCUAAUUAUCUUUCACACCUCCACUAUCUCUGUUUUUUUCUGAAAUACUACUCCCAUCUUCCCCCAUCUUGAAUGGAAUCAAGAAUGGAAUCACAUUCUUACUCUACUUAUUUAAGUUUUAUGAGAAACAGGCCUUUCCAGGAACUGGGGCAGGCAUUGGGUCCAAAUUAUUCAUUUUUCACCUCUUGGUUUAUGCAAAGAAUAAGACAACUCAACUUUUGGAUGUGGUGACGUUCUUCUGAUUUUGGAGAGCUAAGAUGUGUUUGUAAACAUAUUUUUGCCUGUUGGGAGAGAAUCAGUUGUGAGGUGGGAGUGGAGCUGAUAUGUAAAGCUGCCACACCAGCAGGUCCAGGACUGCAUGCUCCGAGGCUGUGGUCUGGCAUGAGUGUUCCAUUCUGAGGGGAGUUUCUCCUCCAAACCUGCAGACACAGAGCAAACAGGUGUAGCAAGAACUUAGGAAUCAGGGAACAUAUUUCUCUUCAUUUUUUUGUUCAUUUCUUUGUUAAAGUUUCUUAAAGGAAGGGUCCUUUGGUCCUAUCUGUAAGUAGAAAGCAGAACUUUCAAAACCAAAAGCCUGCCCAGCGUUCUGGCCUUUAUAUUCAGAGUUUCAGACAUGGUGAGCAGGCUCCCUGGUCUGCUUUGAGAGUUGAUGGUCAAACGCCUUUCUGCUUCCUGAGUAACUGCAUCUUCAGAGGACAUCAGCCCUUUACUCCCAGCCAGGGGGGUAAGUCUCUGAUACUGGCACCUUGGAGAAUAACGGGUUCAAAAUUAGGCAUUUCUUGCUGGUGUAGAGACCAUAUGGGGCGUGAUUAUGGAAGUUUGGAAGUUACUGAGAUGUGGUCAGAGUUGCAGGACUAGGGAAAGAUCAGGCCGUGGGGCAUGCAUUCAUGGCCUUGGAAUGGCACAAGGAUGCCCAUACAUGUGCAUUACUGCACCACCAGGCCCUUCUAGUCUACAGCUCUUGCCAGUGGGGCCCUUGGCUUUGUUCAGGGAACUGGUAUAGGGAAGUGGCUCAAGGCAUCAUCAUUUCCUCUUCUGUUAUCUUUGGUACCCUUAAAAUCACAACCAGGGAUAAUGUGGAGUGUGUGUUCUGGUGGUUGUUUUUUAUUUUAUUUUAUUUUUUUUAACAAAAAGGCAUACAAUGAGAUUAAGAAUUUUAAGAUAAUGAGCAUAUAAAAACACUAGUAAAUUUCUCAAAGAGCUUAAGAAAAGGGCAUUUUUUUUCUUCAUAAAAAUUACAUGUAAUAGCAAUCUACGUUUACUUGAGGGCUUAGCCUCUUUAUGAAGUUUCGGAUGUGGAUUCGUGUUUUCAUGGCCAAACUCUUAAAAUAAAUCCAACUAGUCUCCAAAUCUCUAAACAUAGCGGUGCUAAGUUAUACCAGAUAACACAAUACAGAGAGUGCUGAUAUGAAUUAAUACUUUAUUCAGUAAUAAUACAAGAGUUCUUGCUAAAUUAUAGAUGUAUAUCACUGCCUGAUUAGAAACCCCAGUUUUCUUUUCUAAUCCAGCACAAAAUCAAACUGUGAUUCUACAACCAGUCUUUUUAAUGGGUAAAAAAUGACCCAACACCUUUGUUUUGUAUGAAAAGUUUUUUUUUUUUAACAUGAAUUAUAAAAGUGCUUAACAAGAGUUUGUUAACUAAGCAUGUACUCCUUUUUUUACUUGCUAGAAGAGACUUGCCUCUCUAAGUCUGGCAUCCCCCAAAUUUAGGAACUUGGCAUUCUACCUACGGUAGCAAUUUAUAUGUUAGUCAGCGUAGUUGUGCGCUAGUGUUUUCCAGUCUUAUCAUCUGACCAGGAUGACAUCCCAUGUCCAGAUAGUGGAAGCCACUUCAUGGGGAAGUGUUAAUAAAAGCACGGUUUCACUUUUGGUAACCUGGUAAUCAUGUGUAUAUACUUAAAUUGGCAUCAUUUUAACCUUCUAUUCUCACUGUUACUCUGCACUUCAGGUUCUUAAGCUAGUUUUAAAAAUUCUGGAUAUUGGCAAACACCAACUGAUGUGUAUUUGGCAACUGCUUUCCUGAGCAAGUGUGAUUUGUUGUAUGGCUUUUUCAGUUAUAAAAUUGUUCUUACAUUGUAGGUAAACAAAAUUUUGCUGUUUUUAAAGGUCACUGUAAUUUGAGGUUCAAAUUUCUGGCACAAUUUUAUUAGUAUUCACUUCUGAAGCUAAUAAGUUACCACCGUUUUCUAUGUUACUCUCAUUGUAACAUCAGUAAAGUGACUUUCAAUAAAAGAUUUAUGUUAUUUAAAUGCA